AUGUCUCCGUCGAUCGACGUCGCGAUGGGCUGCCCCCCAGAUAUUUGCAUGAUUGACCGCAUCCCAGAUGAGAUUCUCAUCCACAUCUUGCGCGAUCUUCUCGCCGGAGACAUGGCAACAGGCGACACCAAUCCGGAACAGGCGGCCCCAGCAGAGGACAAUGUGGAAUACGCGCCGCUCUGGCUGGAGCACUGCGUUGACAUCCCGCGCUUCCACAUGACCAGCAAGGUCCCCGGAUGGGAUUUCCUCCCAGAAUUCAUCUUGGAGGAACUAAUGACGAAGCCCACUGGCCAGGACGCAAUAGAUGAGCGCAACGAAACGACGCCGUGUCAACCCCCAGCGCGCCCUUCCCAGGCCAAGCAUAUUAACGACUGGCUCAUCGUCAAUUCCACCUGUCGACGCUUCCGACGCCUCGGCAAGCCCGUCUUCUUUGCUGAAAAACGCAUCAUGAUGUCGGCAAAUCUCGGGGAGAGGCUCCAGCAAGGAGUGAGCUUUUUUGAUUACCCCCCCAUGAAGCGAGUCGAGGAGUAUGUGCGUCAUCGAGAAUUCGCGAUUGAAGAUUUCGCUGCGAGACGUGCUAGGAGGGAAGUACGCAGGAGGCAAGAUCCUAGCGAGGCGACUUACACCAAAGUCUCGCCCAAGCCCGAGAUCAAUUUUGGACCGAUGAAGCUGCUUGGACUCAGCGUCGCAGAUCAAGCCCUCGCGCUGGCUCAGACGCAGGACAUUAUUCUGAUGGGCACAAGGCUGACUACCCCGUCUAUGCUCGUCGGACUGCCAAAAUUCCUGUCUGCGUUCCCUAGACUGCGCAGCUGUUGGCUGAUGCUGGGAUACGAAUCGGACGCUGAGAGCGGUACAUUCAAGAUCCACAGAGCCGACAGAGAGAAUGAAGAUCAUGUUUGCGGCAUCGCUGCACGGAUGAGAGACCUGCUCCUUGACAUUGGACUGAGCCCAUCAUUGGAACUGGCGUUCGCCGUCAGCGACUCGUAUCUUUGGGAUCAGCAGGAGCACUUCCUGACCAACGAGACGUUCUCCUUGUUGAGGGUCAAGAAGCAGAUGAUGCAACGAACCAAAAAGCUGGAUCCAACCCCAGAUGCAGCUUGA